CACUCGCCCCGCCCUCCCAUCCAGAUCGUGACGUCAAGGGGCCAGCUACGGAGCGUGGAACGCGGAGUCCACGUUUCCUAGGCAACGGUGGUGGGGAUAGAGACGUCUUCGUGUGCUCUUACGUCAUGACGCUACUGUUCGUCCCGCGUUCCGGAGCGGGAGCGGCGGGGGGCGGUGCUCGGCCAAUCGAGGGGAGAGUGAUACUUAUUGAGUGCUGUGUGUCAUAUUUCUACUGGCCUUACAAGACGACUUUUGUAGAUGAGAAACUGAGUUAUAAUAUUUACGGAGUCCUUCGGGGUCACACGGCGUUGAAGUGGCUUCGAGCCAAUUCCCUCGGCUACCCUAGGCCGCAGCCUCAGGCCCCAGGUUCCUCCCUCUCCAUCUGAAACAGCCCUGGACCCCUUCCUGCCCGGUGCCAAAGGAGUUUUGACGGACGGCCCAGAAGAGUCUCCGGAUUUGUUGCUCAGAGAGGCGGGACCGGGCGCCCGCGGGAAACCUGGGUGAGCGGUGCUGCGUUAAAUUCAGUUGCGGGGAUGGCAAGGUUGAGGAGCGUGGUCCUGCGGCCGUGGAUUCGAGAGCUGGUCCUGGGCUUAGAGAGACUCUCAAGCCCACGGGCCGGGCAGCUGCUUCAAGUGCUGCAGGAGGCAGAAGCCGAGGCCCCAGGCCCGUCCUGCGCCCCUGACACGUCUGAUGUCGGGGCCGCGCUGCUUGUGUCUGACGGGACCCACAGCGUCCGGUGCCUGGUGACGCGGGAAACUCUGGACGCCGCGGACUGGGAAGAGAAGGAGUUUGGUUUCCGAGGGGCUGAAGGCCGGCUGCUGCUGCUGCAAGACUGCGAGGUCCGAGUCCAAGUGGCAGAGGGCAGCGCGCCCGCGGAGUUCUACCUGCAGGUGCACCGCUUCAGCCUAAUGCCCACGGAGCAGCCCCGGGAUUGGGUGAUUGGUUGCAACCAGGACCCAGAUGUGCAGAAGAAGCUCAAGGACUGCCUCGAGGAGCACCUUUCCGAGUCGGCCUCCUCCAAUGCAGGCCUUUCACUGACCCAACUUCUGGAGGAGGUGCAGGAAGAAGAGGCGCAUCAGGGGGCACUAGUGCGCCUGGCUGAGAGCUGUCUGAUGCUGUCAGGCCCUUGCACAGCACCCCCGCUCACCCGCUGGGCCACCUCCAGCCACUUGGCCAUGGGAGAAGCUGUGUACACUGUCCCCAGCCUAUGGCUACACAUCUCUGAAGAUGACCAGCAAGUCCUGAACUCUCUGGGCGCAGGUCAGAGGACACAGGGCCCUGAGCUGCCCCCACCAGACCCCGCUCUUCAGGACCUGUCGCUGACCCUGUCCUCCUCACUUUCCUCACUCAGUUCCUCAGGAAACCCUGCCUCAUGCAGCCACAUGUCAUCACAGGAAAGCAGUGCCAGCGUCAGCCUUCUGCCUGCCCUGUCCUUGGCUGCUCCAGACACAGGGCAGAAGGGCAGCUCCCAGUCCCAGCCAGCCAUCUGCUCAACCCCCCAACCCCUGCCCCCUAGCACCCCACAUCCCAGCCAUAUAACCAACUCCCCACCCCUGAAUUGUACCCCAAGUCUGUCACCUCUUGGUCACAUCCCCAAUUCACAUCAGGCUGAUGUGACCAGGCCCCAGCCCCAGAAACCUAGACUGGAGUUCAAGGAACUAGGGUUGCCCCCCAAGAACUGGCAGCAUUCUCCAAGGGUAAGAACCACCGAGGGAGUCCUGGAGUCCAGUCCUGUCUGGGACCCACCAAAGAAGCAUCGUGAUGGUUCCGCCUUCCAAUAUAAGUACGCUCCACCCUGCACGUCCCUCUGUGCCCAGGUCCAAGCUGCCAGGCUCCCUCCCCAGCUCCUGGCCUGGGCCUUGCAUUUUCUGAUGGAGCCACAGCCGGAAUCUGAGCAAACCCAGGUGUGAGGGGUCAUGUGACCACGUAGGAGAAGGUGUGCAUAUAAGUCUAUGCCUCUCGGUGGACAAACAGUGCUCCACACUCUGCUUUGAGUUUUUUAAUAAAAUAAUCUCAUGCGGCAGGAAAGGA